AUGAAAUAUACAAGCUAUUUCUUAGCUUUACAGCUCUGCGUGCUUUUGGGUUUUUCUGGUUCUUAUGGCCAGGGCCCAUUUUUUAAAGAAAUAGAAAACUUAAAGGAGUAUUUUAAUGCAAGUAGCCCAGAUGUAGCUGAGGGUGGACCUCUCUUCAUAGAAAUUUUGAAGAAUUGGAAAGAGGAGAGUGACAGAAAAAUUAUUCAGAGCCAAAUUGUCUCCUUCUACUUCAAACUCUUUGAAAACUUCAAAGAUAACCAGGUCAUUCAGAGGAGUGUGGAUAUCAUCAAGCAAGACAUGUUUCAGAAGUUCUUGAAUGGCAGCUCUGAGAAACUGGAGGACUUCAAAAAGCUGAUUCAAAUUCCGGUGGAUGACCUGCAGAUCCAGCGCAAAGCCAUAAAUGAACUCAUCAAAGUGAUGAAUGACCUGUCGCCAAAAUCUAACCUCAGAAAGCGGAAGAGAAGUCAGAAUCUCUUUCGAGGCCGGAGAGCAUCAAUGUAA